CACCGGCGCCCGUUCGUUACACGACAACCGUUUCGUUUUUCAUUUUGUUAUCAUCGCGAAGUGUUUUUUUUUCUACAUUUUUCGCAUUAGUUAAUUUGUGUUUAAGACAAACAUAUAAAAAUCUCUAAUCUGACGCAGUGUUUUGUUUAAUCCUACAAUGUGGUGGUGUUCGGUACACAUCACAUCAGCCCUUACCUUAAGUAUCCUCUGUACAUCCAUAGUUCAACGGAAAUCUUACGUUCGAUGAUAUCGAACGUUGUUAAUGUGUUAGUUCAAUUAGUAAACACUGUAAAAUAUAUUUCUUGAUAAUGAAACAUAGAUACCGUUUGAUUGCCUAUGAUUAGACAUAUGGAAAUCGAAUAUGAUAUAGGCAGUUAAACGUAUAGGCCAACAGGCUAGAUGAAAUAUAUAGGAAAUGUGUGAAAAAUUGCUAUAGCUUCUACGUGCGGACAAUGUACUCUUGGCAAACACUGAUCACCAUAGUGUUAGCCUAUUCGGCUGUCUGCGCGUUCGCAUCUGGCGCCAAUUUUUCCUCAUUUAUUCAAUAUCUAACACAACCUCCGACAUUGACGGUCAAACCGAGAUCUCAACAGGCUAAAAACAAUGCGGUGGCCUCGUUUUACUGUGGUGCUAAAGGCGACCCACGGCCGACUAUUCAAUGGCGGAAAAACAACAAGAAGAUAUCGGAAUCAAAUCGUUACAUUGUUGUGGACAGAAUUGUCGGUGACAGCGAGACUGGCUCAGUGUUGAGAAUAGAGCCCACUAGAUCGCAUAGAGAUAAUGCCGUCUAUGAAUGUUUUGCUGAAAACGGCGUGGGCGAUGCUGUCAGCGCUAACGCUAAACUUGAAGUAUUCGAUGAAAAAGACUUGCCUCAAGGUUUCCCAGUUAUUACCGAGGGACCAGGUACUCACAAAACCAUCGAAGUCGGUCACAAUGCAGUGCUACAAUGUUCGGCAUCUGGUAACCCGUCACCAGCUAUCUACUGGCUUAAGGAAAACAUGCGACUCGACCUCGAAACCAACCCAAGAUACUCAAUACUGGACAAGGGCUUUCCAGGAGCUUUGCAGAUCAGCGACAGUCAGGAAACGGAUCAAGGAAAAUACGAAUGUGUUGCCGAAAAUGCUGUGGGCACUCAACAUGCUCCAGCCGUCGCGUUAUGGGUCAGAGUUCGACGAGUACCGCCGCAAUUUUCCAUUCCUCCGCCCACAUUGGAGAAGGUCAAAGUCGGUGAAAACGUGAGUAUACCUUGCGUGGCCGUUGGUUCGCCUAUGCCGUACGUCAAGUGGCGUCGGGGUAAGACCACAGAACUUUCCCCCGAAGACAAAUUGCCAGUGGGUAGGAACGUGCUGAACCUCACUAACGUGGAACAAUCCGACAACUACACGUGUAUAGCGGCUUCCUCAUUGGGCAUGAUCGAGGCUACAACAUUCAUCAAAGUACUGACUCUUCCAAGUCCACCGAUUGACGUUAAAGUAUCUGACGUAACUUCUACAUCAAUAAGGUUAAGUUGGUCGCACCCGAACCCCGACGACAUUCAGUACUACACCAUAUCACACAAACCUAAGUCGGCCGCUCAAUCCCCUGGUGUCAUUAGUGGAGUAGUUACUAUGUACUACACGAUAAGACCUUUGAGCCCUUACACCCAAUACGAAUUUACUGUGUCUGCGGUCAACGGCUUUGGACACGGACCACCAUCGCAACCCAUUGUGGCAACAACCGGCGAAACAGCGGAUAUUUUUGCUUUUGGUGAAGGAGCAAAACCAGGAUCAGCUCCUCGAAAUAUUCAAGUGCGGAUGUUAAGUUCUAGCACCAUGGUAGUUCAGUGGGAAGAACCCGAAACUCCAAAUGGUCAAGUGGUUCGUUAUAAGGUGUAUUACACGAAGAACCCCAACGAACAGCUCUCUUCUUGGAACACAAUGGUUGUGGACAACAAUCAACUGACCACCAUAAGUGAUCUAGCGGCUCAUUCAAUUUAUACAAUAAGAGUACAGGCAUUCACAAACGUCGGUCCUGGACCUCUGUCUCCACCAGUACAAUUUAAGACACAACAAGGAGUGCCCAGUCAACCAAGAGAUUUGAGAAUUGGAGAAAUCGGCGAAACAUCUAUUGUCCUUCAGUGGAGCAAACCAAAUCACAACGCAGAACAAAUGUCGGGCUAUGAACUCCACUGGAAUGAUACAUAUGCUAAGGAGACUCACUCUCAACACGUUCCUGUAACUGAAAGUUACACUCUAAACGGUCUUUAUCCGAACACUUUAUACUAUGUCUGGUUAGCUGCUAAGUCACUUCGAGGCGAAGGAGCACCUACACCGCCUCUACAAGUCCGGACCAAACAAUAUGUGCCCGGAGCGCCUCCACAGAAUAUAACUGCAGAGGCAAUCAGUCCCACGUCUAUAUUGGUCCAAUGGCAACCACCACCGUCGGACCGAAGUAACGGUCAUAUUGUUUACUACAAGGUAAUGGCUACAGAAAACGGCAUGUCAGAUUCGGAUGCCAAUCAAUACCGCGUGGAAAAUGUUACAUCAUACACCCUUGACGAUCUUAAACGUUGGACUGAAUACAGAAUUUGGGUACUUGCUGGUACCUCGGUCGGUGAUGGCCCUUCUUCGUAUCCCAUCACGGUUCGCACUCGCGAAGAUGUGCCAGGACCUCCUACUGAUGUGAAAGUUCAACAAGUUAACUCCACAACAAUUCAUGUUCAGUGGCGUCCACCGUCUGAGGAGCAACGUAAUGGAAUAAUUAGAGGGUAUCAUAUACAUGUUCAAGAAGCUAAACCUGAGGGAAAUGCAUUACUUAAUGAACCAUUGCGUUUUGAUGUUGCUGAAGCUCUAGAAAGUAAUGUUACAAACUUGCAACCAGAUACUUUAUAUGCUAUACAAGUAGCAGCUAUCACAAGAAAAGGUGAUGGUGAUAGAAGCCAUCCUGUAAAAAUUAAGACUCCUGGUGGCGUACCUGUACGGCCAGUUGUUAGUCUAAAGAUUUUGGAAAGAGAACCAAAGGUCAAUAUUGAGUUAGAAUGGACUAGGCCUACAAACACUUAUGGGGAAUUAUUGGGCUACAAAUUGCGAUAUGGUAUAAGAGGCCAAGAAAUGUUUGAUAUAAUGUUAACUGAAAAUAAGAGACGUAUAAAUGAUUUAGAGCGUGGGGUACAAUAUGAGUUUCAUAUAUCAGGACAGAAUCAAGUAGGCUUUGGACAAGAAGCUACUGAGUAUUUGUCCACUCCUGAAGGACCUCCAACUGGUCCUCCUACAAAUGUAUCAUAUCAAUUUCAAACUCCAGAUGUUGUUUGUAUUGUGUGGAAUCAGCCUUCCCGAGAACACCGUAAUGGGCAAAUAGUACGAUAUGAUGUUCAGUUUCACAAAAAAAUUGAUCAAUCUACAAUAACUCAUAGAAAUACUACGUUAAACAAGGCUGUAUUUUCUGGAUUAGAAGAAGCUACUGAGUAUGUAGUUACUGUUAGAGCUGUGACAGUCGAAGGUGAUGGUCCUUGGAGCCCUCGAAUGACUAUUAAUACAACGAGAGAAAUGGUUCGUGCUCCUAUGGGUCUAAAAGCUGUAGCAACUUCUGAUCAGAGUAUACAAGUUUGGUGGGAAGCAGUUCCAGCUCGUGUUAAAUUGACUGGAUAUCGUAUUUACUAUACUAUGACUGCAGUAGAAGACCUCAAUCUAUGGAAUACGAAAGAUGUUCCUGUCACUGAUUCAACAGAUCUUGCAAAUCUUGAGAAAAUGGCUCAGUACGCUAUAGCUGUAGUAGCUAAAACUGAUGAUGGAUUUGGAAGAUUAUCUGAAAAGGUCACUGUUAUAGUCAAACCUGAUGAAGUUCCUUUGAAUUUACGUGCAUCAGAUUUGAGUACCCAUAGUAUGACAUUAUCAUGGACACCGCCUAUAAAGUUAAAUCCAAUUGGUUAUAAAAUUUCAUUUAAUGCUAUAAAAGAAUUCAGGGAUUCACAAGGAAUGACUCAACUUCAAUUAGUGCCAACACGUGUUAUUGAAUUAGACAAAUAUGUGUUGAGCCAUACCAUUGAUGAUUUAUCUCCAUUUAUAAGUUAUUCAGUUAAUGUAAGCGCUAUUCCAUCAGAUAAGAGCUAUAGGCCACCAUCAAGAAUAACAGUAACCACUCAAAUGGCAGCUCCACAACCUAUGGUAAAACCUGAUUUUUAUGGUGUUUUAAACGGAGAAAAAAUUCAGGUAAUCUUACCUCAAGCUUCUGAAGAAUAUGGACCAAUAUGCCAUUAUUAUUUAAUUGUAGUUCCUGAAAAUCCAGAUACAAUAAGUAUGAACCCAGAUGAAUUCUUAACCCACAAAUUGGUUGAAAAUUCUCAACAAGAAUUAUUGGCUGAGGGUGAGCCAUAUAUCACUGCCAAAUUUCCUCAUCGCAGUUUACCAUGGACAUUUUACUUAGGAAAUGGAGAAACCUAUGAUGGAUUUGUAAAUCGUAAACUGGAUCAUAACACCAAGUAUAAAAUUUUUGUUCGUGCAUUUGUGGAUACCCCUCAAAAACAUUUGUACACUUCUAGUCCAUUUUCUGAACCUUUAUCUUUGGAAAUGCGAGAAGUUGGCCCUGGUGAUACUCCUAAAAAACCUGGAUUAUCUGAUAUAAAUAUGCCUGGUAAUAAUAUACCAGGCAUUGGCAAUGACCAUGUAAGUGUGAGGAGUAGUGCUGCUUCUUCUCCAGAACUUUUAUGGUUAGUUGGACCGGUUAUUGCCGCCAUUUUGCUCACAGCUGCUCUUGUGUUAUUAUUUGUUGUUAAGAAACGGCGUCGUCCAAACAAGUAUGGUGAAACAUCUGGAGUGACUAAACCUCUAAUAGGUAAUUCACAUCCCAACAAUGAUCCUGUGGAAUUACGUAGGUUACAAUUUCAAACUCCUGCUAUGGUCUCUCAUCCACCAGUAUCAAUAAAUUAUCUUGCCCAACACAUUGAUUUACUAAAAGCAAAUGAUAAUUUUAAAUUUUCUCAAGAAUAUGAAUCAAUAGAACCUGGUCAACAAUUUACUUGGGAUCAUUCUAACAUGGAAGUUAAUAAACCUAAAAAUCGAUAUGCUAAUGUUAUUGCUUAUGAUCAUUCACGUGUUGUUUUACAUCCAAUUGAUGGUAUUGUGGGUAGUGAUUAUAUUAAUGCUAACUAUUGUGAUGGCUAUCGUAAACAUAAUGCUUAUAUAGCAACUCAAGGACCAUUACAAGAUACAUUUAGUGAUUUUUGGCGAAUGUGUUGGGAAGUUAAAACUUCAACAAUUGUAAUGAUGACCAAGUUAGAAGAACGAACAAGAGUUAAAUGUGAUCAAUAUUGGCCAUCAAGAGGAUCUCAAGUCUAUGGACCUAUAACAGUUACAUUAGUUAAUGUUCAAGAAUUAUCUACUUAUGUUAUACGAUCUUUCCACUUGACUAGAGCUACUGAUAAUGAAACAAGAGAAGUGAAACAACUUCAAUUUGGAGCUUGGCCUGAUCAUGGUGUACCUGACCACCCAGCACCAUUGUUACAGUUUAUGAAACGUGUACGAGCUGUUAAUCUUAUGGAUUCAGGUCCUGUAGUUGUGCAUUGCAGUGCUGGUGUUGGACGAACAGGCUGUUUUAUUGUCAUUGAUGCUAUGUUAGAACGUGCAAAACAUGAACAUACUGUAGACAUUUAUGCCCAUGUUACUUGUUUGAGAGCUCAAAGAAACUACAUGGUUCAAACUGAAGAACAGUAUAUUUUUAUACACGAUGCCUUAUUGGAAGCUGUUACUUGUGGUGAAACAGAGAUUGCUGUGCGUAACUUACCUAUGCAUAUUCAACAACUGUCUCAGAUGGAUCCUGCAACAACAGUUACUGGAAUGGAACUUGAGUUCAAAAAACUGGCAUUAGUUAAAAGUGAAUUUUGUCGAUUUGUCAGUGCUAGUUUACCAGUAAAUAAACCCAAAAAUCGUCUAGUUCAUCUUUUACCAUUUGAAAGUACUAGAGUGUGUCUAAGUGGAGGUUCUUCAAGAGGUUUAGAAGGAUCUGAUUAUAUAAAUGCUAAUUUCAUUGAUGGUUACAGACAACGAAGUGCUUAUAUAGCAACACAAGGUCCUUUACAGAAUACAACUGAUGACUUUUGGCGUAUGCUCUGGGAACACAACUCUACUAUUGUAGUUAUGUUAACUAAACUACAUGAAAUGGGAAGAGAGAAAUGCUACCAAUAUUGGCCUUCUGAAAGAUCAGUUCGAUAUGACACUUUUGUUGUUGAACCUAUUACUGAAUAUAAUAUGCCACAGUACAUACUUAGAGAGUUUAAAGUAACUGAUACUAUUGAUAAUGCAUCAAGGACUGUUAGACAAUUCCAAUUUACUGAUUGGCCGGAACAAGGAGUUCCUAAGUCAGCUGAAGGAUUCAUAGAUUUCAUUGGACAAGUACAUAAAACUAAAGAACAAUUUGGACAAGAAGGUCCCAUUACUGUGCAUUGCAGUGGUGGAGUGGGUCGUACUGGUGUAUUUAUAUCUCUUAGCAUUGUAUUGGAACGCAUGCAAUGUGAAGGUGCAAUAGAUCUCUUUCAAACUAUUAGAAUAUUACGUACACAGCGUCCAGCUAUGGUUCAAACAGAAGAACAAUAUCAGUUUUGUUAUCAGGCAGCUCUUGAAUAUUUAGGUUCAUUUGACCAAUAUUCUGACUGAGAUAGGGAAGACGUGUUCAUGUUUUACACUGAGCACGCUGUUUAACUGUUAUCAUGCACGCACACAUGUGGGUGGUUAUUAGAUAACAUACCCUAUAGAUAAGUCACUGUUGAAUAUAUGUAGUUUCUCACAAGUCUGUCUCUUGUUCCUAUUCUGACAUUUAUAUUCUACACGUAUUCUUUCGUGUGUAAUCGAAAUAUAUUAUUUGCUUAGAAACUGACUAAAUACCUAUGUACUUAAUUUAUAUUUAAUUACUUAUAAUUUAAAUUUUUACAUAAAAAUUCCAUGUUUCAACAAACAAUUAUUUUGACAAACUUUUAUUUUUCAUAUUGUUUUUACAACAAUCUGAAAAUUUGAACAACUAUAAUUUAUUGUUAAAUAUCUAAUUGUAGGAAUUUUAUAUAUAGAUCAAAAUAGUUUUUAAUAUGUGUAAUUAGAAAAAUCAUAUAACUUUUAAACUAAUAUCGUUAUGUAAAAAUUCAUCGACUGAUGUAUUUUAGGAUAACGCCUUUUUGUGUUCCAUUAUAUUUUUUUUUAGCUGCUAUAUGUAUCAAGAAUUUUUAUACUUUUUAUAUUACGUGGAUUUUUUUUUACAUUAACUUUAAAUAGUUGAAUUCUUUUAUAUUACUUUUUUGAAACCUUAAGAGUUUUUUUACUUUUCAUCUUACAAUUUUUUUUAUUUAUUAUACAUCUUUUAAAAAUGUUGAAAUCAUUACUUUGUUUUUAAUUUCUUUUUUUCAAUCUGAGAGAAGACAAUAUAAAAACGAACCCGUCCUUGAGGUUAAGUCUUUGCCAUAUGUUUACUGGCUAUCUUUUUAUUUUUUUGCUGCACUUACAUUUUUUCUAAAUAAAUUUUCAAACCUUUAUUAAAAAUUGAAAUAUAUUCUCUUGAUUAUGUUGGCUUUUUUAUAGCUAGCUUGUAAAAAUAUAAAUACACAACUGAUUCGUUAUCAAAUCAUUGUUACAGCAUAUCAUAAAAAGAAUUGUUAUCUUGUGCAACAUGUUUUCUUUUGUAAAUAUUUCUUAAAUAUUGUUAGUACACUAAAUUAUUAUUUACUAAUAAACAUGUAAAAAAUUGACAAAGUGAUUAAAUUGUUGAGUUAGUAGUCUUAUUGUAUAAAAAUAACCAAUGAAUGUAAUAAUUUUUACUUAUAAUUAAUACAAUUUGUAA